UUUUUUUUUUUUUUUCCUCCCCUCAACUCUUCUCAUUCGACCUUCAAAAGUUCUAUCCUCGACACAAUGGCCGACACCCAAGCUCCUAUCAACGGCACCUACCCUGCACAACCCGCCUAUCCCGAUUCCUACAACCACACCCACGCUGCUGUCAACACCGCCGCCACCUUUCAGCCCGUUCAGUCCACCACCCCUUCCAAUGCCCCCUCUAGCGAGCAGAAGAAUGGUAUCUCCAAGGAUGAGGUCGGUUGGUAUUUCGUCGAGCAGUACUACACCAACAUGAGCCGCAGUCCCGAUAAACUACACCUCUUCUACUCUCGUCGAUCGCAGCUGGUCUUUGGCACUGAAGCUGAAACCGUUCAGGUUGCAGUGGGUCAGAAGGCUAUCAACGAAAAAAUCAAGCAGCUUGACUUCCAGGAUUGUAAAGUUCGUGUCUUGAACGUUGACGCUCAGGCUUCCUUUGACAACAUCCUCGUUUCCGUUAUUGGCGAGAUUUCCAACAAACAGGAGCCAUCUCGCAAGUUCAUUCAGACCUUUGUUCUGGCAGAGCAGCCCAAUGGCUACUACGUUCUCAAUGACAUCUUCAGAUACCUGGCUGAUGAGGAAGAGGUUGUCAAUGAAGAGCCCGCGGCCGCUAUUGAGGAGCCGGAGCCUGAGGCGCCUGUCCAGCCCGUGGAAGAAGUCAAGGAAGAGCCUAUCGAUCUGCAGGUAGACAAUGAGGUUGCUGCCGCCAAGGUCGAUGAGAAUCCUGAGACUGUCGAAGAGACCCCCGCUGAAGCCCCAGUUGCUGAGGCGGCUGCCCCUCAGACCAAUGGCACCGAGCCUGAGGAGCCUGCAGCUGAGGCUGCAGAGGUUACCGUUGCUGUGGCUGCUUCGACUGAAGCUGAAUCCCUGGAGACUGAGAAGCCCGUUACUUCUGAGCCCGCUCCUGCUACUCCGGCCCAGAAGGACGACCAGCCUACUGCUAUGGAGACUGCUGCUCCCGCGAAGGCUGUUCCCAAGACCUGGGCCAACAUCGCCUCCAAGAUUGGCGCUGCUGCUCCCGUUGUUCCCGCUAUUCCUGUUGCCCCCGUGAAACCUGCUGCGGCUCCUGCCACUGCCAGUACUCCUCAGCCCACUUCCGCUGCUGCCGCUGCUGCUGCUGCUGCUGCUGCGGCUGAUCCCGCUCCUGCUCCUGCUCCUGCUGCCGCUGCUCCCGCUGCUCCCGCUCCCGCUCCUACCCCCGAGAGUGUCCCCAGCCAGCCUCCGUCCACUGAUGGCUCUGGCUGGCAGACGGCCGGUCAUGACCACAAGAAGUCACAGGCUCGUGCUGCUGAGGAGCAGAACUGCCUCGGUUAUAUCAAGAACGUUACUGAAAAGGUGGAUGCCAACCUGCUCAAGCAGACUCUGUCUCGCUUUGGUAAGCUCAAGCACUUUGAUGUGAGCCGUCAGAAGAACUGUGCCUUCGUCGAAUUUGCCGAUGCCGCUGCCUACGCUGCUGCUGUUGCUGCCAACCCCCACCAGAUCGGAAGUGAGCAGAUCAAUAUCGAAGAGCGCCGUACCCGCACCAACGCAUACAGCGGAAAUGCCAACUACGGGCCCAGCCGUGGCGGUGCUGGCCGAGGUCGCGGAGACCGUACUGGCAGCCAGGGUCGCGGAGGCUUCCAGCGUGAUGGCCGUGGAGGCUUUGCUCCUCGCGGUCGUGGCGGAAACGUGAAUGCCAAGGGACGCAACCAGCCCCAGGCAGCUUAGAUACCCACUCCCCUUCUCCCUCUUUCCCCUAAUGCCACACGAAGAAAGGUAAAUGAAAUGAGAUGGUUCCUAAUGACACCUUCUUUUUUUUUUCCUCUUCCUUUUUCUUUCGGCCUCACGACUCUUUAGCCUUUCAUCCUGGUUCAGGACGGCGCUCAUGGGUUGUUAGACGCUACAGUGAUCCAGGACAUGUAUUACUCCCCCUUUUUUUUUUUUAACACUCAUAAUGACAUAUGUUAUGUGACCCUUCCCCAGUCACAAUGCAUCUUAGCGGUUGGAAAAGUUUCUUUUUUUCUUUCCCAUUUUCAAGCUGAGGUUUCAUUGGCCUGCACCUGAUGACCAUUUUUUUUUUGUUUCUCUCACUGUGUUGUUGUUGUCACUUUUUCCCCCCUUCUCUCUAUUAUCCCUAGCAUAGCGAGCUUAAUGCCCGUAUAUUCAUUAUCCUUUUUUUUUUUUUUUUUUUUU